GAACUUCUCUGUCCCUCCAUCUUCGCGGUCUUCCAUUCCUUCUCCUCGCUCUCCUCCAGCCUCCUGUCUCGCCUUGGCGGGCUUGGCUUUCGCGGCUUGGGCGGCGGCAGCUCCUCCUCCUCCUCCUCGUACUCCUCAUGGUACAUCCUCGCAUGUCGUCCACCACCCGAGCUAUGAAGGAAGCGAUCCGGCGAGUGAGACAGCGAAGGCUGAGAGAGAUUCAGGGGGGCUCGGAGGGCCGUGGAAGGACGUUGUGGAAUGGAAGGGGGAAAAUGCUGCUGCUGCUGCUGCCGGAACUGCUGCGGGAACUGCUGCUGCUGCUGCUGCUGCUGGUGAGGAUUGUGGUGCAGGUGCUGCUGGUGUUGCUGCUGCUGAGGUGGGAACUGCUGCUGCUGAGGUGGGAACUGCUGCUGCUGAGGUGGGAACUGCUGCUGCUGAGGUGGGAACUGCUGAGGUGGGAACUGCUGCUGCUGCUGCUGCUGAGGUGGGAACUGCUGAGGUGGGAACUGCUGUUGCUGCUGCUGCCGUUGUUGUUGUGGGAUCUGCUGCGGGAACUGCUGCUGCUGAGAUGGGAACUGUGGCUGUUGCUGCUGCUGCUGCUGUGGAAACCGCUGCGGGAACCGCUGCUGCUGCUGCUGCUGCUGCUGCUGGUGCUGGAGGUUGUUGUGCAAGUGCUGCUGGUGGGGCAUUGGAUGCUGCUGAUGCUGCGGCUGCUGCUGCGGCUGCUGCUGCAUCUGCCCCAUCAUUUGAGGCAUCACCUGGGGUGGUAUUGGCCCCGGGCUUCCAU